AUGAAUAAUUCAAAAUUAACUAAUCUUAAAGAGAAUGAGGACAAAAUACGAAAACAAGCGAAGAAAUUAUUACGACAAAAAACAUCCGAAAUCUUGAAGAAACAAACGCAUUUGUUUAUGCAUGAAAAAAGUCUAACUAAAAUGCCUGAGCCCAAAAACCCAAAUCAAAUACUUUAUGCGUAUUAUCACAACAACCAAUUAACGAAAAUUGAAAAUAUGGAAUUACUAUAUAAUGUUACCCAUUUACAUUUGCAAUGGAACAAAAUAACCAAAAUGGAAGGCUUGGAAGCCUUGCAUUCGUUGAAGAAAUUGUAUUUGGGUAAUAAUAAAAUCAGCGUUGUAGAAAAUUUGGAAGGGCUGAAGUACUUGGAAGAACUCCAUAUUGAAAAACAGAAUUUGGAUGGUCCUGAUCCUUUGUGCUUUGACCCUAGAACCCUCAUUUACAUCGGUGCCUCCCUACGAAUUCUAAAUGUAUCGGAAAACAAAUUGACUGAUAUGGCUUGGGUUAAGCCUCUAAGACAAUUGGAGGUGCUCGUUGCAAGAAAAAAUAAUUUGGAAAACUACCAAGCAGCAGCUGAUGACCUAUGCACAUUGCUGAGUCUGGUGGAAAUUAAUUUCUUAGGAAACCCUAUGACUAGGAAACAUCGAUAUAAGGAGACUAUCAUUGCAAGGUGUUCUCAACUACGCAUUCUCGAUACUGUAGCCAUUCAUAGUACUUCGAAAACGUUCAUGCGAAACUUCGAUAAGGUUGUCCGUUUACGGCAACUACACGAGAAGCAUAAAAUCGAAGCGACUCGCAGGGGAGUCGACGAGUUCUUCGACCUCAACAUGCUAUCUGGACCGAGAGCUCAGAGUGCCCUCUCUAUAUCUGAAUUUACUAACCAGAAACCAAAAGUUACAGCAUUUGAUUCAACUUAUACCUUCAUGCCACGUGCGUUCUGGCGAAUGCGGAAAACGCCUUCCCCUCAGGAAGGUGUGGCCCCACCGAUGGUAGCCCCACCGAUGGAGCCCCCACCGCCACCAAAACAGCCCUUAAGCGACAACGAUAUUUUCCCUAUCAAGGGAAUAUUGAAGAAACCUAUGCCGAUGAAAUAUAUUUAA